ACCUUAAGCAACUCAGGUUUAGUAUGGAAGACAUUCUAUAUACCCAGGAAUUCUUUAAUUUCAUGGCUAGUGUAAUUGAAUAGAAUUGGUACCAUGGAUAAGGUGAAAAGAUGGAAACCUGAUCUGGAUACUAAUUGUCCUCUAUGUCAUUCAGAUUCAGAGUCUAGAGAACACAUAUUUUUCCAGUGUGAGUUUGUGCAGAGGGUGCUAGAAGUCUGCUUCCCAAGUAACUGGAACUACAGGCCAAAAGCUGGAUGGCAGAAAGGUAUGAUGGAUGCUGUGAAAAACUUUAAGAACUGUAAAUUGGUAGGCUGGUGUGGAAUCUGGUUAUCAGUGAGGUGUUGGAGAAAGCUACCGAUCAGAAGAAACUCUGGUUCCGGGAAUAAAGCAUAGUUAUGUUGUUAUGUGUACAUGUGUGUCACAGUUAGUUGGUUUCAAAGUUAAAACAUAUUAGGGGA